AUGAGCAGAGCGCAGCUGACGCGGACGGGGAUCCUGCGGAUGGCGCUGGGCGGCGGCGGCGCCGACCCGCUGCUGCCGGCGGAGGGCGGCGGGGGCCGGCGGGCGCCCUUCCUGCUGCGGGCGCUGCGCAUCGCCGUGGUGGUCUGCCUCUACUGGUUCACCUCCAUCGCCAUGGUCUUCCUCAACAAGUACCUGCUGGACAGCCCCUCGCUGCGCCUCGACGCCCCUCUCUUCGUCACCUUCUUCCAGUGCGCCCUGACCGCCGCCCUCUGCCUGGGCCUCAGCCUGGGGGCGGCCUGCGGGCCCCCCUGCGCCGGCCUGCCCGCCCUCCGCCUCGACCCCAAGGUGUCCCGCAGCGUCCUGCCCCUCUCCGCCGUCUUCAUCGGCAUGGUCACCUCCAACAACCUCUGCCUCAAGCAUGUCGGCGUGGCCUUCUACAACGUGGGGCGCUCCCUCACCACCGUGUUCAACGUGCUGCUGUCCUACCUGCUCCUCAAGCAGACCACCUCCCUCUAUGCCCUUCUGGCCUGCGGAGUCAUCAUAGGUGGCUUCUGGCUGGGUGUUGACCAGGAAGGAGCAGAGGGCACUCUGUCCUGGACAGGUAUAUUCUUUGGGAUCUUAGCAAGCCUUUGUGUCUCUCUCAAUGCCAUCUACACCAAGAAGGUGCUGCCUGUGGUGGAUGGUAGCAUCUGGCGCCUCACCUUCUACAACAACAUCAACGCUUGUGUCCUCUUCUUCCCCCUCAUGGUGCUGCUGGGCGAGUUCCGCACCCUCUACCACUUUGACAAGCUGGGGAGCCCCAGUUUUUGGGGCAUGAUGACCCUGGGGGGAGUGUUUGGCUUUGCCAUUGGGUACGUGACUGGACUUCAAAUUAAGUUCACUAGCCCACUCACCCACAACGUGUCUGGGACAGCCAAGGCCUGUGCACAAACAGUGCUGGCUGUCAUCUACUUUGAGGAGACAAAGAGCUUCUUGUGGUGGACGAGUAACCUGAUGGUUCUGGGGGGCUCCUUUGCCUACACAUGGGUGAAAGGACUGGAGAUGAGAAAGGUGCAAGAGGAUCCUAAUGUCAAAAGCAGUGAAAGAAAUGAGACUGGUGUGUAGGUGGCUCCUGCACCUCUAUUUUUGGGCCUGGGAGGGAUAACCUUUGGUGCUCCUUUCCUCCUGGGGAGAAGAAGAGCAAGAAGCAGGAAAAAAUGCACCUGCAAAGUGUAUGGGGAACUGUGUCAGGAACCAGAGCCAAAGACCUGACUGGAUCACGUUUUGUCUCACCCUGUGUCAGAGUUGGGGAGAGCAUGUGUUGUAGAGAUCAACUGGGGAUUUUUUUUGUGAUUGUUUUUUAAAAUGGAUGUUGUUAUUAACCUAAUCUGGAAAAUUCACAUCUCGGUGGGGGGGGGAGGAGGGAUGGGCUCAUGUCGGUCAAAGACUGGAAUGGGAGGUUUGUGUAGCUAGGGAUCUAGAAUUAACUGAAUGAAUGCAAUCUGAAGUUAUAAAAUCCUCAACCUGCAGGUAAGGAAGAGGCAAGUAGCCAGACUGUUUGGGCUAGGCUUUAGUAAACUGUUCUGCUGUAUAAGGCUUUUGCAACAGUUGUUUUUCCUGUUGCCCUAUUCAGUGCAGAGGAUGGAAAUUGUCUCCCAUCUGGCUAUGUACAAGUCUAAGUAACAGCAGUGCCUCCAAAA